AUGCCGCAUUCCUCUGAAGCCGUUGACUCAUCGGCCUCCCAAUCCGCGUCGCCCGGCAUGCAGCCAUGGUCGCAAGAGUUCACAGACCACUUUCGCCAGCACUUCCUGCUAAAGCACCUGGGAGCUGCUGCAUUCUCCCAGAAUACUUCAUACAACCAACACACUCAAGAUUUGAAGCAGCAGCAGCAGCGUUCCGAGGGCGUGGGAUCAGCUGCGCUCGCGUUCGGAGGGCUGUCGUAUGAGGAGUGCAUGAAGGCGUUCCUCGCCCCCAAUGCUCGCUGCUGCCUCCCACCAGCCCCACCCUGCCUCUCAUCCCUCGCCACCCCUCCCUCUGCCUCCCAAGCUCCUCUUGCUUCCCAGUCUCCUCUUGCUGCUUCCCAAGCCGCCACCUCCACUGCUGCACCUGAUCGUACCACCAAGUUCGCACAUGAAGCCUUCCCCGUCGCUGCUGCCUCCACCGCCGCUGCUCUCCAUCGUUCAUUGAAGCGGCCAAGAGACGACUGCUCCGGUUGGGGAACUGACCAGCCGCCGCCGGGUGGACGUGAAAGCCAUUUGCUGCGAGGCAGGGUGGUGAAAGGCGGGGUGGCGUGUAGCACGGAGCGCCGGCUUGAGUCGGUGGCAGAGCAGUUCCAGCAGCAGGGGGAGAGCAGCUGCAUGCAGGCAGAGGAAGAAGCCCUUUUGGAGGCGCUGCUGCAGGAGGAGCAUCGCCAGCAGACGGGAGGAGCAGGGAGCAGGGCGCAGCGGGUGUUGUGGCCGCGCGUUGGGUCGGAGAGUGCCCUUCUAGACGACGUGCUGUUGGGGUGCAGCGGCGACGAACCUGCCUUCACGCAAUGUGCUGCCCUGUCUGCUCCUCCGCCCACCCAGCCACACGAAGCGCUGCCAGCGCCAGUGCUGUCCCAGCUCGCUGCUCUGUCUGGCUCCGCUCCCUGCAUUGGGGAUUUCGCAUUGCUGCCAAUUGAAUGGCCCUGCGUUGGGUCGGAGAGUGCCCUUCCAGACGACGUGCUGCUGGGAGUCUGCUGCGAGAACCCUGCCUCUGCGCAACGUGCUGCUCUCUCUGCUCCUCCGCCCACCCAGCCACUCGCAGCACCAUUGCCUUCGCCUUUCGCUGAUCUGCCUGGCCCCGCUCCUGGCAGCGCGAGCAAGCGCAUUACAGCGAUGCUUGCUGGGAGUGCGUGUGGCACACAGGAGUAG